AGAGAUGAUCACAAGUGGAGCCAUGCUAUCAGUGUGCGGCUUUGCCAUCACAGUCAUCUGCCUCACACUGGCAGGUGUCUCUGGAGACAAAAUCAUCGAUGGGACAGAAGCUGUGCCGCACAGCCGACCUUACAUGGCCUUCUUGAUGGUAAAGGAAAAGACGAAGAGUUUCAUCUGUGGAGGGUCGCUCAUUCGCCCCAAUGUCGUCCUCACAGCAGCUCACUGCAAAGGAGAGAGCUUCAUUUUGAUUCUGGGGGCUCAUAAUUUCUCAAAAAACGAGAAGUCCCAACAGGUAAUACCUGUGCAAGAAAUGAUCCCACAUGAAAAAUUUGAAGAAAAAACCCUCAAAAAUGACAUCAUGCUUCUGAAGCUGAAGUACAAUGCUACAAUCACAAAUGAAGUGAAAGUAAUCAACCUUCCUAGCAAAGAUGACCAUGACUUUAAGCCUGGCUCCAUCUGCUUGGUGGCAGGGUGGGGACGCACUGCCACUAAUGGCAGAGUCAGCAAUACACUGAGAGAGGUGAAUGUGAAGAUCCAGGAGUACUGUGAUUCUACUUCACUGAUCUGUGCAAGAGGAUCAGACAGAAAGGGGACCUGUAGUGGAGACUCAGGAGGUCCACUAGUUUGUCAAGGAAGAAACAACGUCCCUACUGCUGUAGGAAUUGUGUCUUAUGCCAGUAGUGAAAGUUGUGAAAAUCCUCAGCGGAGUAAUGUGUACAUCAAGGUGUCUGCACACCUUAGAUGGAUUGAAAGUAAAAUUGCUAUUAGCUCUUCUGCUUAAUGUCUCAUCCAGAGCCAAAAUAAGACAACUGCUACUGCACUAAGCAGCAAUCAUAUAUUUCACUCCCGUGUUAGCACAGAGCUCAGUAGCACAAGGAAUGCUGGAUGACUUUACAUUUGUCCCCUUAACCUGAACCACCAGUACAUGUAACUGCUUACCUGCUUUAAUAAAGUCUGCAAUGUAAUGAA